CCUACCCUCUUUUCCCCAUCCCACCUCACUCCACUUGCCAAUUACACACAUUAAAGAGAAGUUAUUGAGAGAGACAAGAAAUAUCUUUUAUCCAAAAAAACACCAACCAAACAAUGCCUUCUUCUGCUCCAACUUUGCUCUCAAAAUGUACAAUUUUCCCAAACACAAAAUCAACUAUUGGAAACCUUAAACUCUCUGUUUCAGACCUUCCUAUGCUUUCUUGUCACUACAUCCAAAAAGGUUGUCUCUUCACUCAACCUUCUAUUCCUUUCCAUAAUUUAAUCCGUAACUUAAAAUCCGCUCUCGCUCGCACUCUCUCUCUUUUUCCACCACUCGCCGGCCGUUUAACCACCGAUUCCGACGGUUACGUUUACUUAACCUGCAACGACGCCGGUGUCGAUUUCAUCCAUGCCACUGCCACCGGAUUCUAUAUCCGUGAUCUCUUAUCAACCACCGACGUUCAUGAAUCGUUCAAAGAAUUCUUCGCUUUUGACAGAAAAGUUAGUUACACUGGUCACUUCUCUCCGAUUUUGGCUGUUCAGGUAACUGAGCUCGCUGACGGCGUUUUCAUCGGCUGCGCCGUUAAUCACGCCGUCACUGACGGAACUUCCUUCUGGAAUUUCUUCAAUACAUUCGCGCAAGAAUGCAGAGGAGCGAACAAAUGUCUCCGGAAUGUUCCAAAUUUCCGCCGUGACUCUGUUUUAAUCUCCGACGCCGUUCUACGUUUGGAGAAAGGAGGUCCGGUGGUUACGUUCAACGCCGACGCGCCGUUUCGUGAGAGAAUCUUUAGCUUCAGUCGCGAAGCGAUUCAGAAACUGAAAGCUAAAGUUAAUAACCGACGGUGGACGGAAAAUAACAGCACCGUCGAGUUGAUGCAGAAGCAUAUCAACGACCGUUAUAACAAUAACAAUAACAACCAGAAAGAAAAUGGGAAGGUAGCGACGUUAAUUGAUAACUGGUUCAAAAGCAAUGUUCAUUCUAAACAGCAAACGAUUUCUGUUACAGAAACCGAAACGAAUGAGAUUUCGUCGUUUCAAUCGUUAUGCGCGUUGCUAUGGCGUGCGGUGACACGCGCGAGGAAAUUUCCCGCUUCGAAAACGACAACGUUUAGAAUGGCUGUUAAUUGCCGUCACAGAAUAGAACCGAAAAUGGAAACGUAUUAUUUCGGAAACGCGAUUCAGAGUGUGCCUACUUAUGCUUCAGCAGGGGAUGUAAUGUCCAGGGAUUUACGGUGGUGUGCGGAGCAGUUGAAUAAAAACGUGAAGGCGCAUGAUAACGGUAUGGUGAGGUUGUUCGUAGAGGAUUGGGAAAAGAAUCCUAGGUGUUUUCCUUUGGGGAAUCCUGAUGGUGGUUCUAUAACUAUGGGUAGUUCUCCUCGGUUUCCAAUGUAUGAUAACGAUUUUGGUUGGGGGAAGCCAUUGGCUGUUAGGAGUGGAAAGGCGAAUAAAUUUGACGGUAAGAUUUCGGCGUUUCCUGGUAGAGAUGGAACUGGGACCGUUGAUUUGGAGGUUGUUUUGGCGCCUGAAACUAUGGCAGGCCUUGAAGCUGAUCCAGAGUUUAUGCUAUACGCUUCGAGGCAGUUAUGACACGUGUUCCUAAAAAAAAACUAACUUCUUUAUCACGUGACGAUGAUGUCAUUGUGGUCACGUUCCAAUGAGAUGGUUACGAGUGUCAUGAAUAUUUGAGACUGUGGGCUUGAUUGUGACAUAUUGUUAAUUAUUAUUAGUGUUUCUAUAUGCUUUUAAUUUUAUUAUGUUCUUGUUGUUGAUGUUUUUCCUGUUUCAACUUAACAAUUGAUUUCCUCUUAUCUUGGAUCAACUUUCUUUAAA